UUUUUUUUUUCAAGCUUGUGGCCCGCUGCGUCUAAAUUUAAAGGGCCCGCUGCCUUCUAGAAGUUAGUCUGAAGGGGAACGGUGGUUGUGUGUAUGUGUGGACUGCGUUUUGUCAUGGGACCGGUGCGGUUGGAAAUACUGCUUUUCAUCCUGGCAGCGUACAGUGCUUGGGCAUGGACGACGAAAGAAGAGGAAGAUGACACAGAACGUUUGCCCAGCAGAUGCGAAGUGUGUAAGCUGCUGAGCAUGGAGCUACAGGAAGAGCUGAGUCGCACAGGCCGAUCCCGAGAAGUGCUGGAGCUGGGGCAGGUGCUGGACACGGGCCAGAGGAAGAGACACGUGCCUUACAGCCUUUCUGAGACAAGAUUGGAAGAGGCUUUGGAGAAUUUAUGUGAGCGGAUCCUGGAUUACAGUGUUCACGCUGAGCGCAAGGGCUCAUUGAGAUAUGCCAAGGGUCAGAGUCAGACCAUGGCGACGCUGAAAGGCUUAGUACAGAAGGGAGUGAAAGUGGACCUGGGGAUCCCUUUGGAGCUAUGGGAUGAGCCCAGCGUGGAGGUCACAUUCCUCAAGAAGCAGUGUGAGACAAUGCUGGAGAAAUUUGAAGAUGUCGUGGGCGACUGGUACUUCCACCACCAGGAGCAGCCCCUGCAGCAUUUUCUCUGUGAAGGUCAUGUGCUUCCAGCCUCUGAAACUGCUUGUCUACAGGAAACCUGGACUGGAGAGGAGAAGAUCAGUGAUGGGCAUGAGAAGGCAGAGGAGGAGGAGGAAGAGGGGGAGGAGGAGGAAGAGAAGAUAACCAAGACUUCAGGCAAUCCCAAGCAUGACCCAGAGGAUCUUUGAACCCCCAGGGUGGGUCAUGGGGAGUUUUCUAAACUCUCUCCCUUCCCCAUCCCAAGGCUUGUAACUGUCCUUUUCGUAUAAUCUCAGGCAUGGUCCUGGGGAUCCAGAAUGGCAACAUGAGAGGAGAAAAAGGUGGAGAGAAGCUGGGGCAAGUUUUGCCUUCAGUGAUGAGUCACAUGCAGCCACUUAAUUGACCAAGUGUGUGUGGUAACAGUGUUGAAGCUUUUCUCUAUCCUUUACUGCACCGAUUGGUCAGUCAUGGUAUGAGCUGUGGGAACGUCUCUUUGCUUUUUAAAGGGUCUAUUUUAGACCCUUUCAAGGGGCCAGAGGAGGGCUACAGAUGUAGCUCAGUUGGUAGAAAGUCUGCCUAGUAUGGACAAUGAUGUGAGUUGGACCACAUAAAACCUGAUGCAGUGGCAAACUCCUAUAAUCUCAGCACUUGAGAAAUGGCGGCAAGAAUAUCAGACGUUCAAAGCCAUCACCCAGCUACGUGGCAGUUCAAGACCAACCAGAGCGACACGAGACCCUGUCUCAGACUAUGCCAAAAAGGGACACUCACCAACCUACAUACACAGCCUGCAAACAUGAGGCUGUAUGCUGUCAAUCUGUAAAGAAGAACACGACACUGGCAAAGACUGAAGCAAUGCUGAUAGGUUAGGUGGUGUAGACAUGUGGCCUAUUUCAUACUUCACCGGUGCCAUAUGUUCUAUAUCGCUAUUAAACCUUUUCUAUAUGAA